AGCUGCUGCCGCUGCGUGGACCUGUGUAGGAAGCAGCUGGCGCAGCACUACACAGUGUUGAGUCAACGUUACAUCUGGGAGGCUAAAGCGGCGGCAUCUGUGGUGCACCGAGGCGAGACGGAAAGGAUGACAUAGCGGCACACCGUUAACAUCUGGAUCAUAUCGUGUCGCCCUCGUUUUCGCUUGUUUUUUGGUUGUCGUUUUCUUUUUCAUUGUUAGAUCACUUGUUCUGUUUACCUCAGCUGGGUCACCGAUGCUCUCCGCGAGCGCCUCUCACGCGGAUUUUGAUCAAAGUUGCUACAAGCUAGCUUUUAGCUCGCUGCUGCUAACCUUCAAGCGGUGAAGUGGCCAAACAAUCAUGCGGAUCAUCGAGGCCGAGACCCCUGGGAUAUCCUUAAACGCUUCCCGCAGGACACGACUUUCGACUGGCCGCUGACUGGAUUCUGCAGAGCCACUGUAGGACGGAGAGCGACGGAUCUCAUCGACCAGAUUGCCUGCUGAACUUUUUGCCUGUCAGACAGAUUGCACAGGGACCAUGUUGAUCAUCUUGGCUGCUGGGUCUGUGUUCUUUCCGGGCCUUUUCCUUCUGUCCAAACAAUGCUUGAAGUCCAUCCCAGCACUGAGAUGGAGCGAAGGAGAUGCAGUCAUUGUGUCGGCCAGGUUAGUGUCAUCGAUUCAAGCGGUCAUGGCUUCUUCAGCUGGAUAUAUCAUUGCUUCCUCCUGCAAGGACAUCAUUGAGGACCAGCAUUGGCUCACCAGCACUUACAUCAUGUUCGCUGUUCCCUACUUUGUGUACGACAUCUACGCAAUGUUCAUGUGCUACUGGUACAAGCUGCGGGUCAAAGGGCACGAGGAGGCCGCGGCGGCCCCCCAGCACAUGCGCUCAGCACUGGCCAGCUACCUGCGCCGCGAGUUCCUCAUGGUGCUGCACCACGUUGUCAUGGUCACCGUCUGCUUCCCGGUCUCCGUGUUUUACAGACAAGGAAAGGGGGAUUAUUUCCAAGGUAUAAUGUUUAUGGCUGAGCUCAGCACUCCAUCUGUCUGCUUAGGAAAAAUACUCAUCCAGUACAAACAGCAACACACUCUGCUGCACAAAGUGAAUGGGGCUCUAAUGCUGAUCACUUUUUUCAUCUUUCGAGUCCUACUCUUCCCUUACCUCUACUACGCCUAUGGAAGGUACGCUUCCAUCCCCUUCCACAUGGUCCCGCUGUCGGUGCCCUGGUACUGUAACCUCGGCGCUGCGCUGCUCAUGGCGCCCCAGCUCUACUGGUUCUCCCUGAUUUGCCGGGGAGCCCUGCGGCUUUUCCGAGGCACCUCCCGCUCCCAGAGGCCGCCCCCAUCCGGCGACAAGGAGCUCCAGACGCACGGCAACACGCUGCCGCAGCCCGCCAACGGCUACAACACGCGCUCGUCGGAGCCCGAGCUGGCCAGCCACUGAAGGGCGGAGCUAGGGAGGGAGGGAAGGUGAAUGUAUCAGAGAGUGUUUAAGAGGAGGGAAAAGAGAAACUUGAAACAAAUCGAGAUGACGGCCUCAAACUCAGCUGAAGUAUUCGCAGCCAGCCAGCGUGUAAGCCAACGUGUGGCUGACCUCCAAGUACUUCAGCUCCUGCGUUUGUGGGAGGCGGAGUGUUUGGGCGCCCAGUAUUUUCGAUGUCAUCCGGCACUGUGACAGAAAGUAAGAUGCACUGACCUGAGAGGAAUUUGCCUGGAUGUACAGCAUAGACGGCUAUUUCCCUCACGUAGAAUAAAUACAGUCCUCUCUGCCUCCCAGUACAGGACGAGCAGGAACAUAGGAAUGUAUUAUAUUGUAUGUUAGUAUGUUUGCUGUAGAUGGAAGGUCCGAUUCAGUUCAAAUAUGAAUGAGACCUUCAUUAAAAAAAAUUUAAAAAACAACCAAAAAAUUAAAAAAAACCCAUCCCAGCUAAUCAGUAUUUUGACCUGUUAGUGUUUCUAAUCUGUAUCCUCAAUGUAGUCACCGUCACUCGAACAAAAAUGUAACCGACCUGCAGACAUCUGUAGAAGGGAGAUAAUGUCACGAUACUGUUCUGCUGCCUUAUCCUUCUCCCCGUUUCUUUGCGCUUUUCUCGACGCGUUUCUCUUUAGCCGAGGAAAAACUAACGGCAAGCUUUCCCCCCCGAAAUCCCACGGCGUGAUGGUUGUACAUAGAUCAGGCGGGAAACUGUCCCCUUCUGUUACCAGUAUCGUGUCUGUUUGAUUCAUUUCUUCAUCGGUUUGUUUGUCUAUUUAUUUUGAAGUUUGUCUCGAGUUUUCCGAAAGACAAAAAAAAAAAAAAAAAAAAAAAAGAAGAAAGCAAGGAGGUGUUUGGAUCUGCUUGAUGCAAGUUGCACAUUUAGAAAAAAAAAGAUAACUUCUUACAGUCAUGUAGCUUUUAACAAGUAAAAAAAAGUCUGCUGAUAAUUUAAAAAAUUUGAAAGAUGUCUUGCCUAAAAUGAGGAAUUUAUGGGGUUUUGUUUAGGUAAAAAUACCCAGCAACCCUCUGCAACUGUGAAGUGCGUUUAAUUCUAAUUUACAAAAUGAAAAAAUAGGGGUUUUAUCAUGAUGAAAUGAAAGAAAAAAAUCUCACUAAAUAGCAAUUUUUUACCACAAUGUGUGUUAUUUUGAUCCUGUUUUCUGAAUAGCUUUAUGCCUUUUAUUGUAUCUACUUUUCCCUCAGUGUUAUCUCCUCACAAUGGGCCCAAGCCCCCCUUUUCCUGUUUUUAAGCGUCUUUUUAGCAGACAUUUUUAACAAUAAGUGUUGCACAGUAGGACAACCAAACUUUAGUUUUUACAGCUUAGCGUAUGCAAACGACUCCCAAAGGUUGUAGCAGUGGUUCAUCAGUGUAGAUAUCACUCCAUUCCGUUCACUUUUACCCCUUAAAAAAAAUAAAAAAAUAUUUCAUGCUGGGAAGUACGGCACAAAGUAUUGAUUCUAAUAUUUCACACAGCUGGAGGAAAGUUAAUUGUGGAAAUAAUCAUGCAGGGAUGAGUUCCCUUGCUGCUAAAACAUUUUAUUUGAGUGUUUUUACCCAUAAAACCUUCGUAUUAGGAACUUCAGAAGUGGAUGAAGCGCCGCCUUGGUUCUUGUGCCGUUAAGGUCACUGGCUCUGUGAACAGAAUAGCCCAUUUCUGUCAUUUCAUGUGCAUUUGCCACAGCCUAAUUGUCCUGAAAAUUGAUCCUGAAAGAUAUAAAAGAGCCGUCUAAUCCGCUGCUGAAAACUUGACAGGGUACUGUUCACCAACGCAUCUGAGCAUUUCAGAGAAAACACUCCUUCCCCGAUUCCAUAACCUCAUGAAAUACUGCUUCUUGACAAUAUUGAAACAUUGGAACUGAUGUACUGUAUAUUCCACAAAAAAUGCUUGUUAUUUAUUUGUAAGUAUUUAUUUAUUUAUUUGGUUUGUGGUUUUGAAUGCAUAUUUAUGCAUACAUAUUAUACUCUUUGCUUCUGAGCCUUAUGUGGAGGCUGUAUCGUUACUCAAACUUAGCUAAAAUAUACUUCUCUGUCCUGAA